AUGUGCUCUCUCUGUAGUACUCAGCAUUCGUCAGUUGGUGAAACCACAUCUCUCUUUUUUUCUUCAUUUGAGACUAAAUUAUUCAUCAUUCUCUUUCCAGUCUGUCAGUCUCAUUGUUUCCCAUGUCUGUCUGUCGGUCACAUUCUUUCUCAAGCUUGUCUGUCAGAUUCCGUCUUACCCACACCAGUCUAUCUUCUUAUUCUUUCCAGUGCCUGUCUGUCAUUCUUGUUUGUUCCAAUGCCUGUCUGUCAGACUCAGUCUUUUCAACACCGGUCUGUCUUUCUUUCUUUCCCAUUCCUGUCUAUCUUGAUCUUUUCAGACCUAUCUAUCCAUGUUGCUCUUUCCCAUGCCUCUCUGUUGAUCUCGUUCCUUCCCACACCUCUCUGUCAGUCGGUCGGCAGGGUUAGUUCCCACACCUCUCGGUCAGUUGGUUGGUCUCAUUCCUUCCCACACCUCUCGGUCAGUCAGUCGGUCUCGUUCCUUCCCACACCUCUCGGUCAGUCGGUUGGUCUCAUUCCUUCCCACACCUCUCGGUCAGUCAGUCGGUCUCGUCCCUUCCCACACCUCUCGGUCAGUCGGUCGGUCUCGUUCCUUCCCACACCUCUCGGUCGGUCGGUCUCGUUCCUUCCCGCGCCUCUCGGUCGGUCGGUCUUGUUCCUUCCCGCGCCUCUCGGUCGGUCGGUCUCGUUCCUUCCCGCGCCUCUCGGUCGGUCGGUCUCGUUCCUUCCCGCGCCUCUCUGUCUGUCGGUCUCGUUCCUUCACGCCUCUCUGUCUGUCGGUCUCGUUCCUUCCCGCCUCUCGUCCUCGGUCUGUCCGCCUCUCUGUCUUCCUUUCCUUCCACCUCUCUGUCUGUCGGUCUCGUUCCUUCCCACGCCUCUCUGUCUGUUGGUCUCGUUCCUCCCACGCCUCUCUGUCUGUCGGUCUCGUUCCUCCCCAGCGCCUCUCGGUCGGUCGGUCUCGUUCCUUCCCGCGCCUCUCGGUCGGUCGGUCUCGUUCCUUCCCACGCCUCUCUGUCUGUCGGUCUCGUUCCUUCCCACGCCUCUCUGUCUGUCGGUCUCGUUCCUUCCCACGCCUCUCUGUCUGUCGGUCUCGUUCCUCCCCACGCCUCUCUGUCUGUCGGUUGGUCUCAUUCUUUCCAAUGCCUGCUCAUCCAUCUUGGUCUUCUCAACACUUUCCUGUAUGUCUUGUUUUUUUCCAGCAUCUGUCUAUCAUUCUCGAUCUUUCCAUUCCUGUCUAUCCAUAUCUACCUAUCGGGACAGGAGCUGUUUGUUUUUUCUUCCUUUUACUUUUUUCUUCCUUUUUUUUCUUUGUUUCCUUUUUUUCUUUGUUUCCUUUUUUUCUUUGUUUCCUUUUUUUCUUUGUUUCCUUUCUUCUGUUUCUUUUUGUUUCCUUUUAUUUUUCUUUGUUUCCUUUUUUCUUUGUUUCCUUUUGUGUAUUUGA